AUGUCCGUUGGCACGUUAUCACUUUUAAAUGGUGCUGAUCCAUUGUUGGAUUCAGUAUUACGAAAAACAGGAUAUGCAUUGACCGGAGCCUUUGUUAUCGGCUUAGCAGCUUAUGCUGGUUAUCGUGCUGCAACACCUCCAAAAUAUCUCGUCACAAAUCGACAUCCAGAGUCAAAUGAACAAGUAAGUGUGUGUUUUGCACAGUUUUUCAACAUCAGUGGGGGGUUACAAGAAAUAAAAUAUUUUAUAAAUGCUCAGAGAAAUAUGACCGAAAAAUUAGUGAUAGUGCUGUUAGUAUCAUCGAUGUAUGCAAAUGAAAAGCUGACUAUAAACAAAUGAACUUUAUAAACUAUUCAUUGAUGGAAAAAAUGGGCAUCAUCAUUGUAUUUUAUGGUAUAGCGAUCUUCUAUUGAUAUCAUCCAUAAAGAAAGAUUCUCUAUAGCUCUGUAAGAAUCUCAAAAUUUUUGACACAAUAGAUCAAAUUAUCGAUUUUAGGGAGAUAAAUUUUUCUACAUAGGUUCCAUUCUACGAAAUUUCCAUUCUUCACAAUUACUUUCUAAAACUUUUGCCCGUAAAAUAACAAUUCUUGUUGAUAUGACAUCCUUUUGAAUCAGUUAACGACGGUUCACUCACUUUGCCAACGAAAUCUGUAGUGUAGUCUUUCGUAGGUAUUUACUCUAUCUAGUAAUCCUCAAUGACCGUAAAGAUAGAAAGAUAUUUUUACGUUUUUUUACGCUACAAAAUGUAUUAUUAUAUGGAUUAAGUGAUAUGAGAAAUAAUGACACAAAUUUGUCAAGUGCUACGUAAUGAAAAAUCCACGUCACUUCAUAUUGUACUUUCAUCAUCUCUAAACCAUCAUGAAUAUAAGCCGUCAUCACUUUGGUAGAACGCGAACUAAACGUGUUUUUAUUUCAUUCUAUUUCUGAUGCAAUAGUAUAGUAAGCCUACGCGCACCCACUCAUUAUAUGUGUUUGGAUGAAAAAAAGAAAUAAAGAACGAAUGACUUAAAAAACCAACAGAAUUAGUCUAGCUACAUUCUUAGCAACGUCACAUACAGUAAAAUACUAGAUGUUUUUUUCUUUACUACACAGUACGGAGAACAGACACUGCAUAAACUAUACGUUUGACUAUGUGUUGACGGCAUUAUUU